UCAUUCAGGUCAACAUGGAGCUGCUGACAGGUGUAAAGAUAGCGUUUUUGCUGCUGAGCGCCGCCUAUGCCAGCCCGGACGUCACCGACGUGCCGACGUCGUACAUAUUCAAUCCACAGGUAGUCUGCACAGCGCCUUCUAAGGUUAUCUGCAGCACCGACUGUAAGCAGGUGAUGGUGUGUUUAGGCAAUACUACUGGUGGGUACACUCCUACGGUGGUGGCAACGUGCCCCACCACCGGCAGUACGAGGUGCAGCGCAGAGCAGGCCGCCUGCGUUGCAGAAGAGGACUCCGAGUGCCACCCUCCAGUCGCCGCAAGUAGGUUUCCGUGCAACAGCGUCGGAUCGUUCCCGGACCCGUACGACUGCCAGACGUACCACAUCUGCACUGCGGCCGGCGGAGUUUCUCAAAGAGCUACAUGUAGCGGCACUACUGCGUACAACCCUCUGAGAGCAGACUGCAGCCUGUCGACAUCCUACCUGGUGUGCACGAGAGGCCCCAUCAAGCCUUGUUCUCAGCUGGGGCAGGUGGGCGUCGUCCCAGAGAACCAGGCCAUCUACUACAUCUGCACUCAGAACGGAGACGAAAUCUUUCCAGAAAUGUACAGGUGUACUGGCAACGAGAUCUUCGACAUUACCGUUGCUGCCUGUGUUGACCAAUCCACAACUUUGAAGAAGAUGCAACCUUAACCAGUAAUGCAGACAUGUGCAAGCAACUACGACACUGACGCAGAGCAGUAAACAUGGUGUCGUGGUCAGUUACGUCGGACGAGUGGAUUAGCACCACGUACAGUGUUGUUCACGUCCCAUAUCCGCUGCGAGAGCGGCUUCACUCAUAUAAAGCUUUUUUCCCGAACUACCGGUGUUUUUAUUUACUUCUUUUUACCUUCCUGUAGCUGAAGUUACUAAUUUAAUGAAGGUGUACUAUUUAAAAUUUACAGAAUAAAGUUUUUCGUGCUGUUUAUAU